AUGAGUCGCUCGCGUCUCCAAUUAGCCAUUCGCGUCUCCAAUGAGUCGCUCGCGUCUCAAUUAGCCGCUCGCGUCUCCAAUGAGUCGCUCGCUAACACCUGCUUAAGUAACACUUCUUUCUUUCUUUCUACGUCCCCCUUUUUCUUUCUUUCUUUCUUUCUUUCUUUCUUUCUUUCUUUCUUUCUUUCUUUCACCUUCUCUCCAUUUUCUUUCUUUCUUUCAAAAUCUCUCUUUUUUCUCCUCUUUCCUUUUUCUUUCUUUCUUUCUUCUCAAUUUCUAUUUUCUUCUCUUUCUUUCUACGUCCCCCUAUUCAUUCUUUCUUUCUUUUUUCUCCUCUUUCCUUUUUCUUUCUUUCUUUCAAAAUCUCUCUUUUUUUCUCCUCUUUCCUUUUUCUUUCUUUCUUUCUUUCUUUCAAAAUCUCUCUUUUUUCUCCUCUUUCCUUUUUCUUUCUUUUCUUUCUUAUUCAUUCUUUCUAUUUUUCUUCUUUUUUUUCUUACUUUCUUUUUUUAUUUCUUUCUUUCUUUCUUUUUCUCUCUCUUUCCUUUUUCUUUCUUUCUUUCUUUCUUUCUUUCUUUCUUUCAAAAUCUCUCUUUUUUUCUCCUCUUUCCUUUUUCUUUCUUUCUUUCUUUCUUUCUUUCUUUCUUUACUUUUCUCCUCUUUCUUUCUUUCAAUCUCUACUUUUCUCCUCUUUCUUUCUUUUUUCAUUUUCUUACUUUCUUUUACAAUCUCAACUUUCUCCUCUUUCUUUCUUUCUUUCUUUCUUUCUUUAACUACUGGUCACAGAGCAACAUACUUUAUGCCAUUUCACCCAUCAUUCUUCUGUUUUGUUUACGACCUGUUUGCCCGCCGCCCGUCAGCCGAUCCUUCCAUCUAUCUGUCGGGCCGUCUUUCCGUCGUUCUAUGGCUGUUGGAGAUUUACAGUUCUUUCUUUCUUUCUUUCUUUUUUUCUUUCUUUCUUUCUUUCUUUCUUUCUUUCUUUCUUUCUUUCUUUCUUUCUUUCUUUCUUUCUUUCUUUUCCUUUAUUUCUUCCAUUUCUCUCUUUUUCUUACCUUUUUUUCUUUCUUUCAUUGGUUGUCUCUUUCUUUUUGCGACUAUUUUUCUUUCUCCUGUUUCUUUCUGUUUUCCUUUUUCCUUCUUCCUUUCAAUUAUUUUCUUUCUCUUAACGUUCUUUCUUUUUUCUUCUUUUCCACCAUUUUUCUCUUUCUUUCUUUCUUUCUUUCUUUCUUUCUUUCUUUCUUUCUUUCUUUCUUUCUUUCUUUCUUUCUUUCUUUCUUUUUCAUUCCUUCUUUCCUUUCUUCCUUCCUCCCUUUUUAUUUUUUCAUUUCGUUCAUUUUUCUUUCUCAUAUUACUUUUCUUUUUUCUUUCUUUUAUUACCCUUUUUCUUUCUUUCUUUCUUUCUUUCUUUCUUUCUUUCUUUCUUUCUUUCUUUCUUUACCUUUGUUUAUUUCUUUCAUUUUUCUUUCUUUUUUCUUUCUUCCUUUUAUUACCUUUGUUUGUCUCUUUCAUUCUUUCUCUCUUUCUUUCAUUACCUUUCCUUCGUUCUUUCGUUUUCCCCCUCUUUCCCCUUCUUUCAUUCUGUUUUUCUAUUCACUUUUUUGUAUUGAAGAUUUCCUCUUUUUUUUCUUCUUCUACUCAAGUCCUUCAUUUUCUAACUCUCUUUCCCUCCCCGCUAAAUCGUCUUUUUCCUCUUUUGCUCUGACUUACUCCCCCAGUUGUAUUCUUUCCUAUGUCCCCACUCUCUCGUUUCUCCUUACUUCUCCCGCUUGCGAUUACCAACUCCUCUCUGUUACUAGAAUAUUGUUUUCUCCCAUUUUGUUUUGUUACCGUACAUCAAUACAAGUCCAAAUUUUUCUUUCUUUCUUCUUGCGACCAUUUUUCGUUCUCCUAUGGUAUAUUUUCUCUUUUCCUUUUCUUUCUUUCUUUCUUUCUUUCUUUCUUUUGCGACCAUUUUUCGUUUCCUAUUUUAUCUUUUCUCUUUCCUUUCUUUCUUUCUUUCUUUCUUUUUUUUUCUUUCUUUCUUUCUUUUCUUUUCUUUCUUUUUUCUUUCGACCAUUUUUUCUAAUAUUGUUUCUUUUUCAUUUUUCUUCUUUUUUCUUUUCUUUCUUUUCUUUUUCUUUCUUUCUUUCUUUCUUUCUUUCGACCAUUUUUCAUUCUAAUAUUCUUGUCAGACUUUCUUUCUUCCUUCCUUUCUUUCUUUCUUUCUUUCUUUUGAUCCAUUUUCUUUAUCCUUUAUUUCAAGCAAUGAUAGUAAAAAGAAGAACGUUAAAUAAAAACAGUAGCAAAACUUGGAACAAUCUUACCACUUUCCAACGUAAUACCUUUCGUCAUCUUGGCAAUGAUGAUUCGAUCGUCAUUAAAAUGGCGCCAUUGCUAUCUAUCUAUCUAUCUAUCUAUCUAUCAUCAUAA